UCCCACUACAGCCGGGGCCAGUUCAAAUGUUCGCCAAAAAUCGACGCCGAGGUACCUUGAUCCGACCGAUGAUCGACCGAUCUUCGCCAGCAGCUGUUCGUACCACCGAGAAAUACCUCUGCACGGGGACACCCAACGCGUCCACCAGCUGCCUGCUGCCUUUUCCGAGCAGACUGACACUCGCUCCGGUGUCUAACAGCCCAGUCAGCUGCUGGCCUAAAAUCGUUAUUUGGGCGAAAGGCCUGGGAUCGUGGGUGUCACCCCGCUUGACGGCCGCAACGACUUCUCUCCGCUUCUCCUGGCGUUUCUUAAAGCGAUCUCGGGCCUUCAAGACAGUUCGGGAUACCUUGCGCAUACCGCUUAUCUGGUGCUGCUCGAAAAUCCGGUUUCUUACUUCUAAAUACCGUCGCAUGCGCUCUUCAGGGGGCGUGAUCCUCCCGCCUUUGGAUCGCGCAGCCAUCCGUUUCCCGCACAAUUCGGGCAUUUCGGCGCAACAACGUCCGCUUUUCCACAGCGGAAACAAAAAACCUUGGUCAGCUCCUUCUCGCAAUCCCGGAAACCAUGGUCCAUGGCUCCACAAUUCCAGCAGCCAGCCCGGAAAGGAUUUCGAGGCCGUUCCCGGACUUCCUGCACUUGCAGUGGUUGCUCGUCUUCCUCCUCCUCCGGCUCUGAAGCAAACGCCUCGCUGACUCGGUUCCGUUCCGCUCCUUGGUAGCGCGUUGGUGGCAGGAAUUGGGUCCGGCUUUUGCGUCCGAAACUACGCUCCACCUCAAGGCUCUCUUGCCGCAGCUCAUCGACGGUGGCGCUCCGGCAUUGGCUUCCUCAGGCGGGAAGCAAGGGUUUGCAUCGCGUGCAGAUAAUCAUCG